ACGAGUCGACGAUUAUGUGCGUACGUGAGCGUGAGGUACUUUUUAUUGGAAGAUACCACCCUGAAAAAACGUAGAUUAUUCGGUUACGGUGCUACUCAUCACCUCACUACCGCAGGGAAAGACUAGAUAAGCACUUCGUAUGAAUUGUCAGAAAAGGUACCGUUUCUGACAGUUUCACAAAGAUGCACAGACUACGAAGGGCCAUCGUGCCCACUACAUACAAGGGCCCACUGAGACUGCAUGACUUCAAACGCUUCUGCUCGAAGUCGGCCCCAAGUGCAGUGUCAGCAGGUGUUGUGCAAAACGACGCUAAAGAACAGAGGCCCGAUGUUGUGUACAGCGAAAGGGAGAUAUUUCUCUUUGGGCCGAAAGACCUGCGGGUGCCACUGCCCGGGAAUGUCGGCAUCGUACCCCUCGAUUUUGGGAAGGACUCUGAGACGCCUGUGAUCUUCAAAGCGUGUGAUGUGUUGACUAGGGAGACAAAGGACGAGAGGCACCACAACAUUUUAGCGCAAUUCCUGCAUCCCCCAGAAGAGUUGAUAGAUGAAGCCUUCCCCAGUGUACCAAACCCACCAAGUGUCCUCGAGUGUGCAGCACAGGAUUGCCCAGAUCUGCUGAAGAAAGAUUUUCAAGACCUAUUUCCUUCCCAAAACAUCGAGAAUGACGCCCUUACUGUCAUUACGCUGACACACAAAACUGAAAAUGACAUGAACUACUGGAGUGAAGAUGGAGAUAUUGAGAGAGAUCAGCUCAAUGCACAGUUUGUGGUAAAAGCACGAAUGAUAUGCAGCACACUUCAGGACUCAGGAUAUUGGGCGGACUUCAUUGAUCCUACCUCAGGCCGGCCGUACCUUGGCCCAUACACUAGUUCAACUAUGCUAGAGACUGAUGAACGCUAUAAGAACUUUGGGUUUACUAUUGAAGACCUUGGAUGUUGCAAAGUGAUUACACAUCAUCUUUGGGGUAGCAAUGCGUUAGUAGGGUGCUUGUUCACAAAUGCUCCUUUUGACAGUCCUGAAGUCAGGAAGAUAAUCUGUGAGCACAAUGCUUAGCGGUGUGUUACAGUGCGAGAAGAAGUAUCUAUUUUAUACAUCUGUACAGUCAAAAGGAUGGUUUGUUUAUAACAAGUGUAAAAUUAUUGAAAAUAAAACCGUGGAAAACAAAGCCUCA